AUGCUGGAGCCCGGAGCGAGGGCGGCGCCGAGCGGAGCCGGCUGGUCCCCCAGCCUCCUCGCCGCUGCCCCCGGGGCCGCGGCCCGAGCAGCCUCCCCAAGGCCGGGGGGGCGAGGAGCCCGAUGUGAAGCGGCAGCCGCGGCGGCGGGCAGAGCAGGAAGCCGGGGGCUCGCCCCCCGACCCCGGCUCCGGGACCGGCCCCCCUCUCCGCGUCCUCGCCUGGGCCCGGGGGAGGAGAUUCCCUCCGCGCCCCCUCCCCCGCCCCAACCCCGAGGGCGGCGGGGCCGGGGGCACCCGCCGGGGGGGAGCGCCCGCGCCCGACUUCUGCUCCUCUUCCUCCGCCCCGAGGAAACUUUUUAUAAAAGCAAAAGCGGGAGGUUCCCCAACGUGACUGUGCCCGGGGGAACGGCCCCGGGCGGGCGGGGGCCGCAGCCUGAGCCGGAGCGGGGAGCCGGGCUGGCCGCCUCCUCCCCGGCACAGGAAGAGCAGCCGCAGCAGCAUCCAGCGCUCCUUCCCCGGCAACGUGUUCGUGUCCUUGCCCUCCCCUGCCGCCUGCGAGCGAGGAAGGCAGGCGGGCAGGGAGGCAGCCGGGCGACGCUCCUGCAUCCCAAAGCGAAACAUCUUAGACCAUCAAAAGAACUUUGAAAAGGCUUUCCAAAUAUUUGAAAAGUCAGACCAAAAGGGGAAAAAACCAUGAGAAAGAAAAAAAUCAAACAACCAAACAACAACAACAACAACAACAACAACAAAAAGGUAAAAAUACUAUGCUUCGAUUCGUAUUCAUUCUCUGUAGUUCUCUUUCUGGAUGAGGAUAUUUGAUUUCUAAAAUACUAUUAGUGUUAGUUACCUUUGGUGACCAGAGGGACUGUAGUGUUCAAAAAGAUGCAGGGACUAAAAGGUAUGUGGUGCUCUGUCCAAAUAUGCCACUGAGGAAGAGCCUCCACUCUAUCAUCAAAGCUCUAGGAGAAACUAACCUUUCUAAGUAGUCAGCAGAAAAACCAGGGUGAGACAUGCAGAGCCAGUCAUCACACCCAAAAUCAUAUAGGAGAUACACCUGGGCCUUUGCAUAAAACUUUAGGAACUAAAUAUGGAGGAAAAGUAAAAAAAAAAUGUUUAAAGACACUAACCAGUAUUUUAGAAAUCAUUGUAGAUCUAGAGAAGUUCAAAAGAAUAAAGUAAAUCUGUAACAACUGCAGAGAUUUAAAGAGGAAAAAUGGAUUUUCUUUAAGUACUACAUGAGUACCUAGAAAAAAAAGAAUCAAGAAAUUAAAAUGGAAAUAAAGGCUAGAGGAAACAAUUGCUGGAAUAAAUAACACAGAAAGUGGUAAACCUUAUUCAACUCUCACACUCGCUGAAAACUUGACAAAACAAAUGUUAAUGACUCUGAAAUAAAAACUAAUAAAACAAAACCAAAAGAUUCCAACAGUAAAAGAGAAUGUAAGCUAUCAGAUAUUAAAAAGCAAGUCUCUGUCUUUCUAACACAGAGUCCUACAGGCUGUUUGUUUUUCUGGUCUAUUCUAGAUUGUCCUGAGAAGUGGGUUUGUUUUACCAAGGUUCAUGCUGGCUUUACCUUCUUUCCUAAUAAGGGCUUUUGGUUACUUUUUUUGUGUAGCUGAAGAAUAGAAGGAAUCAUUUAGUUUUCUCUUCUCUU